GUCCAGCGUCGCAGACUCGUCCGGCGGCAGAGAGAGGGGCGGUGAGCCGCAUCAGCGCUGCCGCUGCGUACGAAGCAAUCCCUCCCCCACCCUUGUUAUAACACACACUGCCGGCGGUCCGGCUGGAUUUACUGGGGCGUCUGCUGCAGCUGGAGGAGGCGGACUACAGCUGCGGCAAGGCUCAGAGACUCGUCCGAGCCCCGGGACCCGCCCGCCCUGCCGCAGCCUCCAACAGCUGGAGCUCAGCGACAGACAGCUGGCAUCCAGGUAACGUGGGGGACUAAAGCGUUUCAGUAGCUGAGGGGGACAGCGGGGUCUAAUCUGCGGCGCUCAGUGCGGCUCCAUCAUGCUGAGCAGAUGCGGAUGGAUGUUCUUCAUUCACUGAACGGCACCGGUCCUGUCUGCAGCCUCUCUGGUUCCUCCUCUCAACACCUCCCUGGAUCUUAUAGUUCUUAGAGAUGCCGAGGAGGCCGUGGAGGGACGAGCCACAUGCUGAUGAGUGAAUGAAAAAAGGACGGAACGAAGGAAAAACAAACAAAGAAGGAGAUAAAUCCAGCGGAGGACAAAAGGAAACAUAAGGGAGUUGAAGUUCUGAAGCUCCAUGAAAGAGGAGAGACGAGUCCAAUCAGGAAGUGUAACACACAAAGUCCUGAGAGACACGGAGAGGAUUGGAAGUGAAGGAGAGGAAGACGAGCAGGACAGAAACGCUUGAAGGGAGUGGCAGGAAGAGACGGAGAGGGACGGGCUGAGGUAGGACAGAAACUUCUGGAUGGUCUCCACAGCAACACCCAGCUGGUUACCCCCCCUCCGAAAAUGGCCUCCAACUUCAACGACAUCGUCAAGCAGGGCUACGUUCGCAUGCGCAGCCGCAAGCUGGGGAUCUAUCGACGCUGCUGGCUGGUGUUCAAGAAGUCAUCGAGCAAAGGACCUCGUCGUCUGGAGAAAUACCCUGAUGAGAAGUCUGCCUACAUCAGAGCCUUCCCCAAGGUGACAGAGAUAAGCAAUGUCAAGAAUAUCACAAGGUUGCCUCGAGAUACCAAGAGACAGGCAGUGGCCAUUGUGUUCACAGACGACACCUCUCGCACCUUCACCUGUGAAUCAGAGCUGGAAGCAGAGGACUGGUUUAAGACCCUGUCUAUAGAGUGUCUGGGCACCCGUCUGAAUGACAUCAGUCUGGGGGAGCCUGACCUCCUGGCAGCUGGAGUGCAGUGUGAACACACAGAGCGCUUCAACGUGUUCCUCCUCCCCUGCCCCAACCUGGACAUCUAUGGGGAGUGCAUGAUGCAGAUCACCCACGAGAACAUCUACCUGUGGGACAUCAACAACCCCCGCACCAAGCUGGUCACCUGGCCGCUGUGCUCGCUGCGGCGCUACGGCCGCGACGCCACGCGCUUCACCUUCGAGGCUGGAAGGAUAUGUGACAGCGGGGAAGGCCUCUACACCUUCCAGACCAGAGAGGGGGAGCAGAUCUACCAGAGGGUCCACUCCUCUACACUGGCUAUAGCUGAGCAGCACAAGAAGGUCCUGCUGGAAAUAGAGAAAAACAGCAGGUUGCUGUCUGUGGGUUCAGAGCCGGGCUCCUACCCCUGCACCCCCACAGCCAUCCUGCCCCGCUCCGUCUACUGGCACCACAUCACUGGAAACCAGGCAGGCAUGGAUCCUUGCAGCGGAGAUGCUUCAGAGGACGACCUGCUGUCCUCCUGCCUACCCCCCGACCGCCAUGCCACGCUGCCGCUGGCCAACACACAUGCACAGUCCCAGCCACACAUACACACACACUCCCCGACACACUACCCCACCUACCCUGGACAGUGACACGCACAGGAAGAUGUGGACAUUCCAAAUGAUGCAGACACGAUACAUAUACCUACAUGCAUGCAGGCGCACACCGUUACACACUGAAAGAAACACACUGUUCCUCCUUGUAUUAGUUUUAUAGUCGGUCUCACCUCACAGGAGAGGUUUCUGUGGGACUAACACUAGCUAACAGACAAUGUUGAAAGCAGCGAGUGGAAACAAAAUUCAUCAAAAGACUUGAGAAUACUGAGCUUCCUGACAUGACCGCAGUUCCCACAAUUCCACAGUACACCAGGGAUGUUUUGUCCACCUCCAGGAUGAGAAACUCGCAGGUUUGUAUAAACUGCGUGCUGUCUAAAUGAAGGACUGAGGGCCCUAAGUAUGCUUUAAACAACUUAGGUUUUAUUAUAUAUUGCCCAACCACGUUUAAUUGUUUCCACCUGUUUCCAAAGUCACCCAUAAAUGUGGGGGAAAGUCUUGAAGAGCAAUUAGCAGGAUUUUUCUGUUACUGAAUUUAUACUACAGGUUUUUGCUCAAAUGAUUUCUCUCUCGCAAAAACUGGUCCCUCACCAAGACACCUGCCACCUAGUGUAUAAAAAGAUCAUAUAAAUUCAAACUUAUGUUAUAUGUCUAUAACAUAAGUUCUACAUUUUUACAAGGAAGUUUCAAUGAGAGACGUACAUACUUUGGUCCUAAUAAUAAGGAAACUGGGAAUUUUUGUAAAGGAAAUGCUCAAUUUAAAUCAAAGUAAUUAUCACAUAUUUAUAACUUAUUAAUAUUGGAUCACUAACACACUAAAGUUUGGAGAAUUUGCGUCAGUUACUAUGAGUGAAGCCUAGUGCAACACAAAGAACGACUUUGAGAAAAACUCUAAAAGUGUGCAUCAACUCUAUAGUUUGUAUGAUCGACAGCGUCGAGACUUCAGGGAGGGGGUUUUCACCCCGCCCCCGCGUGUAGCCAUGUGGAACAGAUAUGUACACUUAUUUGAUGACACAUCACAGAUCAUUUUAGGCAUAUUAAAGCUUUUACAAACAAAGCCACAGUAACUUGUUACUAAGCUAUAUGGAUAGAUUUUAGAGAGGAAUCUGAAAUUCCAACGUUUUUGAUAUGGUGCGUAUACAGUAAAGUAGACAUGCUGUUAUCUGAUGUUGUAGCAUGAGUUUCUCAUCCCAGGAGUGACACAUUUACCAAAUGGCCGCCAUGGGGUUAACGUUAAUAGGGCCUGUGUGUGUUACAUUGAAUACUACGUGGGACGGGAUUGCAUGGUGCCUUAAUAGCACUACAUGGACUGUGCUAUCCUUGGAAAUACAUUGACAUUCCCUUAUGGAAAGUUCCAGUGUGCCAGCUGACAUGUGGUCUGAAGAACUCUUGAUCAUUUCACUGUCCACGUCUGGAUCAAUACCUCUGAUUUUGCUGAUAACUGAUGUUACUUUACAGUUCCUGGAUAUGUUUUGCUUUGCUGAGGUUCUGAACAUUGGAAUGAAACUGUGAUUGAUUGGCGCCUGUUCUCAACUGGAUAUUCAAUUUUAGAGCUUCAGAUUUUCACUGGGGUGUGCCCCAGUACUUGCUUCUAUUGAGCUAUAUUUGCACAACCCUUUUUUUUCUUAGGUUAUUCAAGGGUUAAGAGUGCAAGAGGAACUAACAUUGUCGAGGUCAACGGAUUGGGAUUUUGGAAAGCCCAUACUGAUGAUACAUUUGGAUUGGACCUGCCAAUAACUGAUAUUCAGUUACUUAACUUAUGAUCCCGUGAAUGACAGAUCAAAAAUGUUUGUAUGUAUUUAUUACUAGAGCUACAAAACACUAAACACUGAAAUGGAAAACUGUUUGAACCGUGUUCAAACAUUGGCGUUCACAGAAUCUCUGAAGGGCAAGGGCGGAAAUGAUACAGGUGCAACACCAGAGCACAACUUCAAAAGAGUUUGCCUAAAUGAUAUGUGACACAGUGUCAAAAUAGAAGCAUUGAAUUAUCCCAUUGGGCUACAAACACAUCAUGGUUAGAUUACAUUUUUUCUUUCUCCCAAAAGUCACACCAGAGAAGCACAUGAGCAUUUGACAGAAAUAUCUGAACCACCCUGAAGGGCAUAUGGACCAUUCAAGCACCCUAUGAUGUGACAACAGGGAGACAAUGGAAGCUGAUUUGAGAUUUGAGGAGAUUUGAGGAGACUGAUGGUCUUAUGGGAUGAUUCUACUCUCUAAGACCUUGGAUCUCAUUUACAUUUUUGCAAACCCUUUAUAUCAUAACAUUUUUCGGACCAAGUUGAUAUUAAGAGAACUACGAACACAACCACAUUGCUCUUAAGAAUGUUAAACAAGAAACUCGAGAUGACAGAUGGUCAGGAGGGCCAAACAACCCCCCCAGGUUAAAAAAUGAAGAAGCACAGUAAAGGUUUUACCUAAAGUGAUCUUGACUUAACAAACCUGACUGAAAUUGAUCUGAACCUAUUUGACUGUUUCAGUGGUAAUCUUUCAUGAGUGUCGUAUUUUAACACCCAUUGCAUAGUGAACAUCCAAUCAUAAGUGGAGAGAACUGAGUACAGGUGUUAAUGCACCCAGGAUGCAUUGAGAUCAUAGCUUCAGGUCCUGGGUUGGGAUGGAUCUCAUGUUUGAUAAGCAGUAUGGAACCAGGUCUCAGCUUUAGGCCCCAGCCCUACUACAGUUGUGUGCACACAGUUUUUGUCUUUAAUAAGGAAUUAAACGCAACAAUCAGGUGGCCGUAUUUUCGGUUCCAAACCAUGCGGUUGGGAUAAGGGUUGUCUUGUAAAAACACAAGUGUAAACACCUGGGUGAUCCUCUAAAUCAGUGGUUCUCAAACUUUUUCUGUCAGGCCCCCCUUUUGGAGAAAAAAAAAAAUCACUUUGCUAGAAC